AUGCCGAUCCCGAAUGUCUAUAUGGGAACGGAGUGUGGAGAAAUCAGAGAAGUUAAUAUAUCACUCAUUGGCAGACGAGUUGUACACAAGGAAAGCUUUGGUACCAUCUGCUACGUUGGUGAGCUACCUAAUUCAAAAGAUUUUUGGUUGGGUGUUAAUUGGGAUGACGCGUCACGGGGACGACAUGAUGGGACUUACAAUGGUGUUCGUUAUUUCCAGACCAAGAACCCAACAUCCGGUUCAUUUGUGAAACCUUCAAAAGUGUCGUUAGGCACUAGUUUGGAAGAGGCGCUCGUAUAUAGAUACGCUGUCUGUGCACGUUGUCAGCUGGAAGCUCAGAUCACUUUAUGUUCAAAUGAAAAGCCUGAGAAGAGCCUCGUCAAUGAAAUGAAUCAACCAAGUCGCCUAGACGCUUAUCUUGAUGAUACUUUUGCUACUCCAGAAGCUGAAUACUCUGGCAACAGUGGGCAUUGUUUAGAUGCAGUACGAGUGGAACUUUACACUACUCCUCGGAUUAACCAAAAUGAAAUUUCUAACUCUCAUAGUUCAUGUGGUGCAUCUGCAGCAAAGUUUUGUCUUAGUCAACUAAAAAGUGUUAGUUUGUCAUUUGUACCAGUGUAUCGUGCAUUACACUGGAAAAGUGACUGUUUUCCCGAUCAUCACAGUGAACGCUCAUCUCUUUGGCCAUCAACUGGAGGCUGUAUUGGCCAGUUUUUAACAAAUAUAUGUGAUUUAGAACUAAGUAACUGUUUGCUUUCCAAGUGGACAGAAAUCGCUGAGAUGUGUAUUCAAAUUCCGUGGCUGAAAUCUCUUAAUGUUAGUAACAACUGCAUUCGUUUACCUGUCUCUCCGACCGAAGCCUCUGAGAAAUGCAAUGCUAAUGGAUGUUUGGAGUCAAGACUAUUGUAUGACGUCGAUUCAGAUCCUGUUUUAAGUGAACAAUUGUGCUCAAAUGCUUUUCCUCAACUGUCUCAGCUGACCUUAGUUAGAUGUUCCCCUUUAGAUUGGAAAUGUGUUCGACGAAUUGUAUGUUGGAUGCCAUGUUUACGAUCGUUAUCACUUGCCUACAAUAAUUUGGGUAAUCCUUCAUGUGAUUGGGAGGAAGUUUCUAUUAAUGCUUUCCGAAGAUUGAUUGAAUUGGAUCUAACUCACAUAAAUCUGACAUCUGCCUAUCAGUUAUUCACCCUUAUUGGACCCUCUAAAAAUUUACAAACUUUAUUCCUGAAUUGUAAUGAAAUUUCAGACCUACCAGAUGUAAUUGAUAGUGGUGGAUCGCCUUGGUUUCAAAACCUCAGUACCCUGGGUUUGAGAAAAAACUUGUUCACGAAUUGGAAUUAUGUAAACCAACUAUUACAUUUGUCUAAAUUACGUCAUUUAAUGGCAUCUGAAUGCCCAAUUUUUGAAAGAUCUAACAACAAGGAAAUUGCUCGUCAGGAGGUAAUUGCUCGUUUACCAAAUCUUAAGAUUUUGGAUCGUGUUGAGAUUACUCCUGAGGAGCGUCGUGGAGCAGAACUAGAUUAUCUGAAGCGUUAUGGAGCAAGUUGGUUGCAUCUUAACAAACCUGAUCAUACUGACGAGAAUAGUAGUUCUGAAGAAUCCGAAAAAUUCCAUAGAUUACAUCCCGUUUUUGCUAGACUUUGUGACAAAUAUGGAGCUCCUGAAAUCGGAGAAACCAAGCUAGUUACUCGUUCAAUAAAAGAAGGUCUUAUCUCUGUUAUUUUUGUAUUACAACGUGACAGUAGUAAAACAACCAAAGAAUCCAGUAGUCAGUUAUCAUUGGACAACAAGGAUAUGGUUGAAAAACAAAUCCCUGAUCGAAUGACUAUCAAACAUUUACGUAUGAUGAUUAGGCGGUUGUUUCAUUUAUCACCAAAAACACUGUUUGAAUUAUAUGCACAAGUAGAUGGAUAUCAUGAUAUGAACAUGCAAAUACCACUGGAUUUAGAUACACGUGAAAUAGGAUUCUAUAAUCUAGAAAAUGGUGAUCAUAUUUUUGUACGAAUACAAUGA